AUGCUGGCUCAAACGUCAGGAACUCAAUUCGGCCCCAGCGAGGAGUUUGAGCUUGAAACAAUUAACAAAGGCAAAAGUAUCAUCACCGAACAUGUUCAGGAAAACACUUCGGCGCAACGGGAACUCAAGUCCUUUGAUGGAUCGUUGCUAUCAGUAUGGCUUUCAGCCUUCCUCGCUUUGGCGCUUCUGAUCCUCACUUCUGUCUACGCCGGAAACUCGUCACUUCUCGCCGGACAUCGGAGCUUUGGACGGUCACCCAGCAAUGUAUUGCUCGUCUUGAGAGUCUUAUCCGAGUUAGCAGGUGUUAUGCUUGCUACGACCAUCGCCGGCACACUCGAAGUGUUACAAUGGAUGCUCAUUAGCCGUGAAGGAGGAAAGAAAGGAAUGAGUUUCACUGACUAUUUAGUCAUGAAUGCUGGUACUGGGGUCCCCGGACUUCUUCGACUGGCCUUUGGACGCGGCAUACCAAAGUUGAGUAGCCGAUUCUGGAGUAUGGCUAGGCUUAUUGGCAUUGCGAUGGUCCCGUUGCUAAACGUCGUGAUCAUGAGUGACGUGAGCACAGCCAUCACUUACGACAAGCUCACCGAUAAAGCACCCGUAUAUGGUUAUGGAAUCGGCAUCUUCAACGCUUCUCUAGCUGCGAUUUGGCAUCCGAUGGCCGACAUGAUGUUCUCGACCAAUUUUAUGUACUUCCUAGCGGAUGGAGCUCGCGUGGUCGACAUCACCGCCCCAGAUGCACGGAAACGAUGCAACAGUGGCGAAGACGGCUGUGAGGCGUCAUACUUCGUUUCUGGUGGGAGUGGGGAUUUCGCCCCGGCACUGCUGGCGAGUGGAGGAUCACGGGGAGCUGACGCUUUCCUUGCCGAGUCUCAGCCUGGUUUUGUUUUCGAUUACACCGAUGGGAAGCAUGACUGGCAAUUCUCGGAUAGCGAUUGCAGCGUAUUCGGUGCCGACAUCGCUGCAUGGGGACUUUGCCUUAAAGAUGGGGAGGCCGAGAACGAGAUCCGCGCUCGGUUGAUUGAUUGCCCUGCAGAUGUUGCAUCGAUGUUUAAAUGUCAAACUACAAGAUCGUGGUUGAGGAAUCCGGGUUUCUCAUCUUCAUUGCACUCCUGGUAUCGUUCGGCGGAAGUUGCUUACAGUCGAGUUAACGAUUCCAUCUUAACGCACUCAUUCGAUGAUUCAACUCCCCGCUCGCCCGCUAGGAUACCUGCAUCUGAACUUCUGAAGGCUUUCAUCCUGGUUUUCAAAUCUUCGAACCAGGCCAGCCCCUUUGCGAACGCUCUCACUCUACUUGGUGUUGGCAAUAACACAGCAGCCACGCCGAUUUAUGCCUGGUGGUACUUCCAUGGUGCGUCAAGGCUCGCGGCCACGGACCCAGCAGCGAAAAGGAGGGGUAUCAGCGGGCUCCAAUCCAUGCUAGGACUGGCUAUAUACCACUGCCAGCCCAAGGCAUUCGGAGAAAUACGUGACCUCGGAUAUGACAACACGACUAGCGUGGGAAAAGCGAUACUGGCUUCCUUUCCAACUAAUGUCCAAGGAACGCCUGUAUUUCCAGCAGCAUUGAGAUACAUCAUCGUCAUUGACCGCGGCACGUUGGUAGCAUACAUCGUGCUCGGAGGCUCGACCUUGAUUUUGUGCUUCGCGGCACUAGUCGCAGUGACUUUUGUGUCACCUAUCAAUAGGGAACGGGGGUCAAGUUCUUUCCCUAUACUGGACUUUCUCUCGGAAUGCAAGGUGGUGCAUGAAGGACACAACACCCGACGAAGCGUCAUGUCCCUGGAUGCCUUCAAGGAUCGUAACGGUGAGCGCAAUGAAAAGGAAACCCUUGAUCGCAAUACACGGGGACUCCGAGUCAUCUUGACUGAGCGCACAUCACGAUUGCGGACCUAAGUGCUUUUCAGGCAAGAAGUGAAUAUCUGCAGAUCCAACUUGCGGGGAAGAUUCUCUUGCAUUUUGAGCUUAACCGAACUGAGGCGUCCUCAGGUAGAUCAGGGAUGAAUGAUUGGUAACCGGGAUAGGAAGAAGUGUGAAGCC